GAGGGUUCAAUUUGUUUAGGUUUUUAGCACUGUUUUGCUUAUUCAAGUCUUCAAGUGAUCUUUUCUCCUCCAUCUAUUCUCCCCUUUAUUCUACUCCUAACUUUCCCCUCUCACUCUCUCUCUCUCUCUCUCUCUCUCUCUCUCUUCCGUCCGCCCAUUUGUUUUGUUGUAAUAAAUUUCUCACUCCCGAAUAUUUUUGGACUCCUCCAUUUUACAAGUAUAUAGCUUGAGAUCAUCAUCCUCAUCACUUGCACAAAGUCCUCUCCACAACAACCACUCAACCUCCAAACAUGGGGGAUCCCUACACCAAUUUCUUCAAGGAUCUCCUCAAUUACUACCCUAAUAUUAAUAAUCUCCCCUCCAACCCCCUUCCUCCUCUUCCCACCCCCUCCCACAAAUUCAACCACAACUACAACAAUAUUCCCCAUAACUUCCAAACCCCACCCCCCUCCUCCCCUCCCCUAAGAGAGGCCCUCCCUCUUCUUACCUUGAGCCCCUCAAGGCAUGACCAAGACAACCGCGAUGACCGCCACCACCACCGCCAUGAAGACAGCUCAUCGAAGACCUCUGAUCAAAACGAUGACGGUGAUGUGGGUGCAGGAGCAGUGACAGUCGCCCUCCACAUAGGCCUCCCAAACCCUGGCUCGUCGACCGACCCCGCUCAUCAGUCAGGGUCCUCAGGGCAAGCGGAGGAGGAGGAGGAGGAAGCAGCCGGAGGUGAUCAAGGAGACAAAGAGGAGGACGGAGCUGCAGUUUCUUUAGGGUACCCCACGAGUGCCAUAGGAAAGCUCAACAAGGGGCAGUAUUGGAUCCCUACUCCUUCUCAGAUCCUCAUUGGUCCUACCCAGUUCUCUUGUCAUGUGUGCUUCAAGACCUUCAACAGAUACAACAACAUGCAGAUGCAUAUGUGGGGGCAUGGAUCACAGUACAGAAAGGGCCCAGAGUCCCUCCGAGGCAUCCAGCCAACAGCGAUGCUUCGACUUCCGUGCUACUGCUGUGCCCCGGGGUGCAGGAACAACAUAGACCAUCCAAGAUCGAAGCCGUUGAAGGACUUCAGGACUCUCCAAACUCACUACAAGAGGAAGCAUGGGAUAAAACCCUUCAUGUGUAGGAAAUGUGGGAAGGCGUUUGCGGUGAGGGGAGACUGGAGGACUCAUGAGAAGAACUGCGGGAAGCGUUGGUAUUGCAUUUGCGGGUCUGAUUUCAAGCAUAAGAGGAGCUUGAAGGAUCAUGUUAAGGCUUUUGGGCACGGGCAUGCCGUGCAUGAGACUGAUUGCUUGGAGGAGGAGGAGGAGGAUCCGUCAUCGGAGAUUGAGCAAGAUUGCGAAGCAUCUCAGUGAUGAAAAGGUGAAUUGGUGAAUUUAAUUAACUCUUUUUUUUCUUUUUAUUUUUUUGUAUUUGGUUGUUAAGAAGUUAGCUAGAGUGGGGAAAUACAUCAAUUAAUGUAGGCAUUAUCUCUCGUAUAUGACCUUCACCUUUUGUUAAUGUCAUGGGUGAGGUCGGAGUACAUAGAAGAAUAAUGGUGUGAGCCAGUGAAGAGAACUUGGUUGCUAGAACUUAAA